AUGGCAUUGAUCGUCGACAAACACCGGCCUAGAUCUCUGGAUCAACUCACCUACCACCCAGAGCUUUCCGAGCGCCUCAAGUCGCUCGCCCAAAGCGGAGACUUUCCACAUCUCCUCGUCUACGGACCCUCCGGCGCUGGCAAGAAGACCCGUAUCGUUGCGACGCUGAAGGAGCUCUUCGGCCCCGGCGUCGAGAAGAUUAAGAUCGACGCGCGCGUAUUCCAGACCACCUCCAACCGUAAGCUCGAGUUCAAUAUAGUUGCGUCCGUAUAUCAUCUCGAGAUCACUCCCAGCGAUGUGGGCAACUACGACCGUGUAGUGGUUCAGGACCUUCUGAAGGAGGUCGCGCAGACACAGCAGGUGGACACGGCAGCGAAGCAGCGGUUCAAGGUUGUCGUGAUCAAUGAGGCGGACCACCUGACGCGCGACGCGCAGGCUGCGCUCAGGAGGACCAUGGAGAAAUACAGCCCCAACCUACGCCUCAUCCUUCUGGCAAACUCGACAGCCAACAUCAUUGCGCCGAUCCGCUCGCGCACGCUGUUGGUACGAGUCGCAGCGCCGACGCAUGCGGAGAUCUGCGAGGUCCUGGCUCUGUCCGCGAAAAGGGAGAACUGGCCGGUGGUGGAGGGCUUGCACCAGAGGAUAGCAGAGGAAAGUGGACGCAAUCUUCGAAGAGCCUUGCUAAUGUAUGAGGCGGUCCACGCGCAGAAUGAAAAGGUUACCAACACAACACCAAUACCACCGCCCGACUGGGAAGCACUCAUUGAACAGAUUGCGAGGGAAAUGAUGCAAGAGCAUACGCCCGCGCAGAUCUUGGUUGUGCGGGCGAAGCUUUACGAUCUCCUCACGCACUGCAUCCCAGCCACAACCAUCCUCAAGACCCUCACGUUCAAGCUUGUUCCCAAAAUCGACGAGGCCUUGAAGGGCGAUGUCAUCAAGUGGUCGGCGUUCUACGAGCACCGAAUCAAGACGGGCACCAAAGUCAUUUUUCACCUCGAGGCGUUUGUCGCCAAGUUUAUGAGAAUCUUGGAGAUUUAUCUUAUGGAGAUGGAUUUUUAGAACACAACAUCUGACACCUGAGACCGCACGCAGUCUUUUCCUUUUGGGCCAGCGGCAGUGGGCAUGGCUUAUGCUCAUUCCUGUCCCUGCACAUGGCAAGGCCGAUACGUUUACAUGAUUAGGUGCUUCCAGCGACGAAUAUGACAAUAUUCACACCGAGGCAAAAGAAAUGGGCUUGGAGCCCUGGGAGAGAUAUCAUUAAAGGCGUUCCGGAUGAGGGAGGGUGUGCAAUGAAUAACAGGGUGGACUUCUGGGGGCAGCGUGCUUCAGUUUCUAGCAUCCGGUGCAGUGCACAAAUCCAGAGCGAACACAGGAACAUG